ACCGCGUGCUCUGCUCCGACGGGCUAGUGGAAAGGAUGGAGACCAUGGCCGUGCGCGCGAGAACGGCGGCGCCGCUCCUCGGGACCGGGCGCCGGACCUCCGUCGCAGUGCGUCAUUCGCCGUCCCUAUCGUUCGCCUGCGCCGCCUCUGCGAGGCCCCGCGCCCGGCUCGGGGUGGGACUAAGGGCGCGGAGCGGGAGGGCGGCCGGGGCGCCUCGCGCCGUCCCUCCCGGCAUCGUCGCAUCCGCGGAGGUUGAGCAAAGCUACAUUAUGGUAAAACCUGAUGGUGUUCAGCGUGGCCUGGUUGGGGAGAUCAUUUCUCGCUUUGAGAAGAAAGGCUUUUUGUUGAAGGGCUUAAAGCUUUUUCAGUGCUCCAAAGACUUGGCUCAGGAACAUUACAAGGAUCUGAAGGAUAAACCUUUCUUUCCCACUCUGAUUGAUUACAUAACUUCUGGCCCUGUUGUUUGCAUGGCCUGGGAGGGUGAUGGUGUUGUUGCAUCAGCUCGCAAAUUAAUCGGAGCUACUAAUCCCCUUCAAGCUGAACCAGGAACCAUAAGGGGUGACCUUGCAGUUCAAACAGGAAGGAAUGUUGUCCAUGGAAGUGAUAGUCCUGAUAAUGGCAAGCGUGAAAUCGUUCUGUGGUUCAAAGAAGGAGAGCUCUGCCAAUGGGAAUCAGUCCAAACAGCUUGGCUUAUAGAGUGAUCUCUUCUGAUGGCUGUGAGAUCUGUAUUGAAAGUGUGUUUGUUCAACUUUAUUCACGGGGGCAUGUAUGAGCAUAUGAGUUUAGUCCGGCUUAGUAAAUUAGCUCAUCAGGCCUGCAGUUUCAAUAUCUAUUACCCUUCAUCCGAAUCUUCUUUUUGUAAUAUUGAGCAUCUGUGUAAAUGAAACCUAUCAUCAGUUGGUUUGGAGAAAUUUUUCAUCA